AUGUACGUUCCACGCACCCGCUUCCGCCCGUCGCACUCCCUUCCGCGCGCCUGCACUCCCUUCCGCACGUCGCACUCUCUUACGCCCAUCAAACUCCCUCCCGCCGUCGCCCUACUGCCCGUCGCUCUCCCUAGCGCACGUCGCACUCACUUCCGCCGACGGCCUCCCUUCCGCCCGUCACCUUCCCUUCCGCCCGUCGCACUCACUUCCGCCGUCGCCAUCCCUUCCGCCCGUCGCCCGUCACCUUCCCUUCCGCCCGUCGCCCUCCCUUCCGCCCGUCGCCCUCCCUUCCGCCGUCGCCAUAGAUUCCGCCCGUCGCCCGUCGCCAUGCCUUCCGCCCGUCGCCCUCCCUUCCGCCCGUCGCCCUCCCUUCCGCCGUCGCCAUCCCUUCCGCCCGUCACCCUCCCUUCGUCUCGUCGCCCUCCCUUCCUCCCAUUGCCCUCCCGACCACCCGCCGCCCUACCUUCCCCUCGUCGCGCUCCCUUCCGCCCGUUGCCCCCCUUUGUCUCGUCUAGGGUCCCCGCUGCUCAUCGCCCUCCCUCCCGCUCGACCCCUCGCAAUCCCCGUAUCUCUCUCCCCUCGUCGCCCUGGCACCUCCGUCACUGUCGCCAUCCCUCCCAUCUCCCUUCCCACCUCAUUUGGGCCAGUCACGCCCCCUUUCCAACCAACACACACGGUGGCCCUUCCCCUAAUGAUCGCCUUUCACCACCACACCGCUUACCUCUCUCCUUCCCCACACCACCUUUGGCCUUCCUCCCCCAAUCCCCUUCCCUGAUUCCCUGUGUCCCUUUCCCUGCUUCCCCCCAUCUCCUUCCCUUCUUCCUCCCACCCCCUUCCCUUAUAUUCCCCCCAUCCCCGUGUCAAUUUCCCCAUGUCCCCUUCCCUGCUUCCCCGUGUUCCCUUCCUUGCUUUCCCAUGUCCCCUUCCCUUCCUCCCCCCAUCCCCUUCCCUGCUUCCCCGUGUCCCUUUCCCUGCUUCCCCCCAUCCCCUUCCCUGCUUCCCCGUGUCCCUUUCCCUGCUUCCCCCCAUCCCCUUCCCUUCUUUCCCCCAUCCCCUUCCCUUAUGUUCCCCCAUCCCCUUCCCUGCUUCCCCAUGUCCCCUUCCCUGCUUCCCCAUGUCCCCUCCCCUGCUUCCCCCCAUCCCCUUCCCUGCUUCCCCCCAUCCCCUUCCCUGCUUCCCCCCAUCCCCUUCCCUGCUUCCCCGUGUCCCUUUCCCUGCUUCCCCCCAUCCCCUUCCCUGCUUCCCCCCAUCCCCUUCCCUGCUUCCCCCCAUCCCCUUCCCUGCUUCCCCGUGUCCCUUUCCCUGCUUCCCCCCAUCUCCUUCCCUUCUUCCGCCCAUCCCCUUCCCUUAUGUUCCCCCAUCCCCUUCCCUGCUUCCCCAUGUCCCCUUCCCUGCUUCCCCAUGUCCCCUCCCCUGCUUCCCCCCAUCCCCUUCCCUGCUUCCCCCCAUCCCCUUCCCUGCUUCCCCGUGUCCCUUUCCCUGCUUCCCUCCAUGUCCUUCCCUUCUUCCUCCCAUCCCCUUCCCUUUUAUUCCCCCCAUCCCCGUCUGCUUCCCCCUGUCCCCUUCCCUGCUUCCCCAUGUCCCUUUCCCUGCUUCCCCCCAUCCCCUUCCCUGCUUCCCCCCAUCCCCUUCCCUGCUUCCCCGUGUCCCUUUCCCUGCUUCCCCCCAUCCCCUUCCCUUCUUCCCCCCAUCCCCUUCCCUGCUUCCCCCCAUCCCCUUCCCUGCUUCCCCGUGUCCCUUUCCCUGCUUCCCCCCAUCUCCUUCCCUUCUUCCGCCCAUCCCCUUCCCUUAUGUUCCCCCAUCCCCUUCCCUGCUUCCCCAUGUCCCCUUCCCUGCUUCCCCAUGUCCCCUUCCCUGCUUCCCCCCAUCCCCUUCCCUGCUUCCCCCCAUCCCCUUCCCUGCUUCCCCCCAUCCCCUUCCCUGCUUCCCCGUGUCCCUUUCCCUGCUUCCCCCCAUCUCCUUCCCUUCUUCCGCUCAUCCCCUUCCCUUAUGUUCCCCCAUCCCCUUCCCUGCUUCCCCAUGUCCCCUUCCCUGCUUCCCCAUGUCCCCUUCCCUGCUUCCCCCCAUCCCCUUCCCUGCUUCCCCCCAUCCCCUUCCCUGCUUCCCCAUGUCCCCUUCCCUGCUUCCCCGUGUCCCUUUCCCUGCUUCCCCCCAUCCCCUUCCCUUCAUCCCCCCAUCCCCUUCCCUUAUGUUCCCCCAUCCCCUUCCCUGCUUCCCCAUGUCCCCUUCCCUUCCUCCCCCCAUCCCCUUCCCUGCUUCCCCAUGUCCCUUUACAAGCUUCCCCCCAUCCUCCUCCCUGCUCCCCCCCAUCCUCUUCCCUGCUUCCCUCCAUCCCCUUCCCCUGCUUCCACAUGUCCCUUUCCCUGCUUCCCCGUGUCCCCUUCCGCGGCACUCACACGCACCACUUGUCUGCUCCUCAUAUUCUCCCUCAGAUUCCUCCUCACAUGUCUUGUGGAACCCUGUGGAGGUGGGAGCGGGUGUGGGGGCAGUGGGGAGCUGCGAGGAGGACGAGGAGGAGCAGCCCCUGGCGCUGGCAGCUUCCAUGGAGGGGCACACAGAGGAAGAGGGGGGCGAGGUGGGGAGGUGGGCAAGGUGGGGAGCAAGGUGGGGAGCAAGGUGGGGAGCAAGGUGGGGAGCAAGGUGGGGAGCAAGGUGGGGAGCAAGGUGGGGAGCAAGGUGGGGAGCAAGGUGGGGAGCAAGGUGGGGAGCAAGGUGGGGAGCAAGGUGGGGAGCAAGGUGGGGAGCAAGGUGGGGAGCAAGGUGGGGAGCAAGGUGGGGAGCAAGGUGGGGAGCAAGGUGGGGAGCAAGGUGGGGAGCAAGGUGGGGAGCAAGGUGGGGAGCAAGGUGGGGAGCAAGGUGGGGAGCAAGGUGGGGAGCAAGGUGGGGAGCAAGGUGGGGAGCAAGGUGGGGAGCAAGGUGGGGAGCAAGGUGGGGAGCAAGGUGGGGAGCAAGGUGGGGAGCAAGGUGGGGAGCAAGGUGGGGAGCAAGGUGGGGAGCAAGGUGGGGAGCAAGGUGGGGAGCAAGGUGGGGAGCCAAGGUGGGGAGCAAGGUGGGGAGCAAGGUGGGGAGCAAGGUGGGGAGCAAGGUGGGGAGCAAGGUGGGGAGCAAGGUGGGGAGCAAGGUGGGGAGCAAGGUGGGGAGCAAGGUGGGGAGCAAGGUGGGGAGCAAGGUGGGGAGCAAGGUGGGGAGCAAGGUGGGGAGCAAGGUGGGGAGCAAGGUGGGGAGCAAGGUGGGGAGCAAGGUGGGGAGCAAGGUGGGGAGCAAGGUGGGGAGCAAGGUGGGGAGCAAGGUGGGGAGCAAGGUGGGGAGCAAGGUGGGGAGCAAGGUGGGGAGCAAGCAAGGUGGGGGAGCAAGGUGGGGAGCAAGGUGGGGAGCAAGGUGGGGAGCAAGGUGGGGAGCAAGGUGGGGAGCAAGGUGGGGAGCAAGGUGGGGAGCAAGGUGGGGAGCAAGGUGGGGAGCAAGGUGGGGAGCAAGGUGGGGAGCAAGGUGGGGAGCAAGGUGGGGAGCAAGGUGGGGAGCAAGGUGGGGAGCAAGGUGGGGAGCAAGGUGGGGAGCAAGGUGGGGAGCAAGGUGGGGAGCAAGGUGGGGAGCAAGGUGGGGAAGCAAGGUGGGGAGCAAGGUGGGGAGCAAGGUGGGGAGCAAGGUGGGGAGCAAGGUGGGGAGCAAGGUGGGGAGCAAGGUGGGGAGCAAGGUGGGGAGCAAGGUGGGGAGCAAGGGUGGGGAGCAAGGUGGGGUGAGCAAGGUGGGGAGCAAGGUGGGGAGCAAGGUGGGGAGCAAGGUGGGGAGCAAGGUGGGGAGCAAGGUGGGGAGCAAGGUGGGGAGCAAGGUGGGGAGCAAGGUGGGGAGCAAGGUGGGGAGCAAGGUGGGGAGCAGGUGGGGAGCAAGGUGGGGAGCAAGGUGGGGAGCAAGGUGGGGAGCAAGGUGGGGAGCAAGGUGGGGAGCAAGGUGGGGAGCAAGGUGGGGAGCAAGGUGGGGAGCAAGGUGGGGAGCAAGGUGGGAGCAAGGUGGGGAGCAAGGUGGGGAGCAAGGUGGGGAGCAGGUGGGGAGCAAGGUGGGGAGCAAGGUGGGGAGCAAGGUGGGGAGCAAGGUGGGGAGCAAGGUGGGGAGCAAGGUGGGGAGCAAGGUGGGGAGCAAGGUGGGAGCAGGUGGGAGCAAGGUGGGGAGCAAGGUGGGGAGCAAGGUGGGGAGCAAGGUGGGGAGCAAGGUGGGGAGCAAGGUGGGAGCAAGGUGGGGAGCAAGGUGGGGAGCAAGGUGGGGAGCAAGGUGGGGAGCAAGGUGGGGAGCAAGGUGGGGAGCAAGGUGGGGAGCAAGGUGGGGAGCAAGGUGGGGAGCAAGGUGGGGAGCAAGGUGGGGAGCAAGGUGGGGAGCAAGGUGGGGAGCAAGGUGGGGAGCAAGGUGGGGAGCAAGGUGGGGAGCAAGGUGGGGAGCAAGGUGGGGAGCAAGGUGGGGAGCAAGGUGGGGAGCAAGGUGGGGAGCAAGGUGGGGAGCAAGGUGGGGAGCAAGGUGGGGAGCAAGGUGGGGAGCAAGGUGGGGAGCAAGGUGGGGAGCAAGGUGGGGAGCAAGGUGGGGAGCAAGGUGGGGAGCAAGGUGGGGAGCAAGGUGGGGAGCAAGGUGGGGAGCAAGGUGGGGAGCAAGGUGGGGAGCAAGGUGGGGAGCAAGGUGGGGAGCAAGGUGGGGAGCAAGGUGGGGAGCAAGGUGGGGAGCAAGGUGGGGAGCAAGGUGGGGAGCAAGGUGGGGAGCAAGGUGGGGAGCAAGGUGGGGAGCAAGGUGGGGAGCAAGGUGGGGAGCAAGGUGGGGAGCAAGGUGGGGAGCAAGGUGGGGAGCAAGGUGGGGAGCAAGGUGGGGAGCAAGGUGGGGAGCAAGGUGGGGAGCAAGGUGGGGAGCAAGGUGGGGAGCAAGGUGGGGAGCAAGGUGGGGAGCAAGGUGGGGAGCAAGGUGGGGAGCAAGGUGGGGAGCAAGGUGGGGAGCAAGGUGGGGAGCAAGGUGGGGAGCAAGGUGGGGAGCAAGGUGGGGAGCAAGGUGGGGAGCAAGGUGGGGAGCAAGGUGGGGAGCAAGGUGGGGAGCAAGGUGGGGAGCAAGGUGGGGAGCAAGGUGGGGAGCAAGGUGGGGAGCAAGGUGGGGAGCAAGGUGGGGAGCAAGGUGGGGAGCAAGGUGGGGAGCAAGGUGGGGAGCAAGGUGGGGAGCAAGGUGGGGAGCAAGGUGGGGAGCAAGGUGGGGAGCAAGGUGGGGAGCAAGGUGGGGAGCAAGGUGGGGAGCAAGGUGGGGAGCAAGGUGGGGAGCAAGGUGGGGAGCAAGGUGGGGAGCAAGGUGGGGAGCAAGGUGGGGAGCAAGGUGGGGAGCAAGGUGGGGAGCAAGGUGGGGAGCAAGGUGGGGAGCAAGGUGGGGAGCAAGGUGGGGAGCAAGGUUGGGGAGCAAGGUGGGGAGCAAGGUGGGGAGCAAGGUGGGGAGCAAGGUGGAGGCAGUGGGGAGCAAGGUGGGGAGCAAGGUGGGGAGCAAGGUGGGGAGCAAGGUGGGGAGCAAGUGGGGAGCAAGGUGGGGAGCAAGGUGGGGAGCAAGGUGGGGAGCAAGGUGGGGAGCAAGGUGGGGAGCAAGGUGGGGAGCAAGGUGGGGAGCAAGGUGGGGAGCAAGGUGGGGAGCAAGGUGGGGAGCAAGGUGGGGAGCAAGGUGGGGAGCAAGGUGGGGAGCAAGGUGGGGAGCAAGGUGGGGAGCAAGGUGGGGAGCAAGGUGGGGAGCAAGGUGGGGAGCAAGGUGGGAGCAAGGUGGGGAGCAAGGUGGGGAGCAAGGUGGGGAGCAAGGUGGGGAGCAAGGUGGGGAGCAAGGUGGGGAGCAAGGUGGGGAGCAAGGUGGGGAGCAAGGUGGGGAGCAAGGUGGGGAGCAAGGUGGGGGAGCAAGGUGGGGAGCAAGGUGGGGAGCAAGUUGGGGAGCAAGGUGGGGAGCAAGGUGGGAGCAAGGUGGGGAGCAAGGUGGGGAGCAAGGUGGGGAGCAAGGUGGGAGCAAGGUGGGGAGCAAGGUGGGGAGCAAGGUGGGGAGCAAGGUGGGGAGCCAGGUGGGGAGCAAGGUGGGGAGCAAGGUGGGGAGCAAGGUGGGAGCAAGGUGGGGAGCAAGGUGGGGAGCAAGGUUGGGGAUGCACGGUCGGGAGCAAGGUGGGGAGCAAGGUGGGGAGCAAGGUGGGAGCAAGGUGGGGAGCAAGGUGGGGAGCAAGGUGGGGAGCAAGGUGGGGAGCAAGGUGGGGAGCAAGGUGGGGAGCAAGGUGGGGAGCAAGGUGGGGAGCAAGGUGGGGAGCAAGGUGGGGAGCAAGGUGGGGAGCAAGGUGGGAGCAAGGUGGGGAGCAAGGUGGGGAGCAAGGUGGGGAGCAAGGUGGGGAGCAAGGUGGGGAGCAAGGUGGGGAGCAAGGUGGGGAGCAAGGUGGGGAGCAAGGUGGGGAGCAAGGUGGGGAGCAAGGUGGGGAGCAAGGUGGGGAGCAAGGUGGGGAGCAAGGUGGGGAGCAAGGUGGGGAGCAAGGUGGGGAGCAAGGUGGGGAGCAAGGUGGGGAGCAAGGUGGGGAGCAAGGUGGGGAGCAAGGUGGGGAGCAAGGUGGGGAGCAAGGUGGGGAGCAAGGUGGGGAGCAAGGUGGGGAGCAAGGUGGGGAGCAAGGUGGGGAGCAAGGUGGGGAGCAAGGUGGGGAGCAAGGUGGGGAGCAAGGUGGGGAGCAAGGUGGGGAGCAAGGUGGGGAGCAAGGUGGGGAGCAAGGUGGGGAGCAAGGUGGGGAGCAAGGUGGGGAGCAAGGUGGGGAGCAAGGUGGGGAGCAAGGUGGGGAGCAAGGUGGGGAGCAAGGUGGGGAGCAAGGUGGGGAGCAAGGUGGGGAGCAAGGUGGGGAGCAAGGUGGGGAGCAAGGUGGGGAGCAAGGUGGGGAGCAAGGUGGGGAGCAAGGUGGGGAGCAAGGUGGGGAGCAAGGUGGGGAGCAAGGUGGGGAGCAAGGUGGGGAGCAAGGUGGGGAGCAAGGUGGGGAGCAAGGUGGGGAGCAAGGUGGGGAGCAAGGUGGGGAGCAAGGUGGGGAGCAAGGUGGGGAGCAAGGUGGGGAGCAAGGUGGGGAGCAAGGUGGGGAGCAAGGUGGGGAGCAAGGUGGGGAGCAAGGUGGGGAGCAAGGUGGGGAGCAAGGUGGGGAGCAAGGUGGGGAGCAAGGUGGGGAGCAAGGUGGGGAGCAAGGUGGGGAGCAAGGUGGGGAGCAAGGUGGGGAGCAAGGUGGGGAGCAAGGUGGGGAGCAAGGUGGGGAGCAAGGUGGGGAGCAAGGUGGGGAGCAAGGUGGGGAGCAAGGUGGGGAGCAAGGUGGGGAGCAAGGUGGGGAGCAAGGUGGGGAGCAAGGUGGGGAGCAAGGUGGGGAGCAAGGUGGGGAGCAAGGUGGGGAGCAAGGUGGGGAGCAAGGUGGGGAGCAAGGUGGGGAGCAAGGUGGGGAGCAAGGUGGGGAGCAAGGUGGGGAGCAAGGUGGGGAGCAAGGUGGGGAGCAAGGUGGGGAGCAAGGUGGGGAGCAAGGUGGGGAGCAAGGUGGGGAGCAAGGUGGGGAGCAAGGUGGGGAGCAAGGUGGGGAGCAAGGUGGGGAGCAAGGUGGGGAGCAAGGUGGGGAGCAAGGUGGGGAGCAAGGUGGGGAGCAAGGUGGGGAGCAAGGUGGGGAGCAAGGUGGGGAGCAAGGUGGGGAGCAAGGUGGGGAGCAAGGUGGGGAGCAAGGUGGGGAGCAAGGUGGGGAGCAAGGUGGGGAGCAAGGUGGGGAGCAAGGUGGGGAGCAAGGUGGGGAGCAAGGUGGGGAGCAAGGUGGGGAGCAAGGUGGGGAGCAAGGUGGGGAGCAAGGUGGGGAGCAAGGUGGGGAGCAAGGUGGGGAGCAAGGUGGGGAGCAAGGUGGGGAGCAAGGUGGGGAGCAAGGUGGGGAGCAAGGUGGGGAGCAAGGUGGGGAGCAAGGUGGGGAGCAAGGUGGGGAGCAAGGUGGGGAGCAAGGUGGGGAGCAAGGUGGGGAGCAAGGUGGGGAGCAAGGUGGGGAGCAAGGUGGGGAGCAAGGUGGGGAGCAAGGUGGGGAGCAAGGUGGGGAGCAAGGUGGGAGCAAUGGUGGGGAGCAAGGUGGGGAGCAAGGGUGGGGAGCAAGGUGGGGAGCAAGGUGGGGAGCAAGGUGGGGAGCAAGGUGGGGAGCAAGGUGGGGAGCAAGGUGGGGAGCAAGGUGGGAGCAAGGUGGGGAGACAAGGUGGGGAGCAAGGUGGGGAAGCAAAGGUGUGGGAGCAAGGUGGGGAGCAAGGUGGGGAGCAAGGUGGGGAGCAAGGUGGGGAGCAAGGUGGGGAGCAAGGUGGGGAGCAAGGUGGGGAGCAAGGUGGGGAGCAAGGUGGGGAGCAAGGUGGGAGCAAGGUGGGAGCAGGGUGGGAAGCCAAGGUGGGGAGCAAGGUGGGGAGCAAGGUGGGGAGCAAGGUGGGGAGCAAGGUGGGGAGCAAGGUGGGGAGCAAGGUGGGGGAGCAAGGUGGGGAGCAAGGUGGGAGCAAGGUGGGGAGCAAGGUGGGGAGCAAGGUGGGGAGCAAGGUGGGGAGCAAGGUGGGGAGCAAGGGGGGGAGCAAGGUGGGGAGCAAGGUGGGGAGCAAGGUGGGGAGCAAGGUGGGGAGCAAGGUGGGGAGCAAGGUGGGGAGCAAGGUGGGGAGCAAGGUGGGGAGCAAGGUGGGGAGCAAGGUGGGGAGCAAGGUGGGGAGCAAGGUGGGAGCAAGGGGGAGCAAGGUGGGGAGCAAGGUGGGGAGCAAGGUGGGGAGCAAGGUGGGGAGCAAGGUGGGGAGCAAGGUGGGGAGCAAGGUGGGGAGCAAGGUGGGGAGCAAGGUGGGGAGCAAGGUGGGGAGCAAGGUGGGGAGCAGGAUGGGGAGCAAGGUGGGGAGCAAGGUGGGGAGCAAGGUGGGGAGCAAGGUGGGGAGCAAGGUGGGGAGCAAGGUGGGAGCAAGGUGGGGAGCAAGGUGGGGAGCAAGGUGGGGAGCAAGGUGGGGAGCAAGGUGGGGAGCAAGGUGGGGAGCAAGGUGGGGAGCAAGGUGGGAGAGCAAGGUGGGGAGCAAGGUGGGGAGCAAGGUGGGGAGCAAGGUGGGGAGCAAGGUGGGGAGCAAGGUGGGGAGCAAGGUGGGGAGCAAGGUGGGGAGCAAGGUGGGGAGCAAGGUGGGGAGCAAGGUGGGGAGCAAGGUGGGGAGCAAGGUGGGGAGCAAGGUGGGGAGCAAGGUGGGGAGCAAGGUGGGGAGCAAGGUGGGGAGCAAGGUGGGGAGCAAGGUGGGGAGCAAGGUGGGGAGCAAGGUGGGGAGCAAGGUGGGGAGCAAGGUGGGGAGCAAGGUGGGGAGCAAGGUGGGGAGCAAGGUGGGGAGCAAGGUGGGGAGCAAGGUGGGGAGCAAGGUGGGGAGCAAGGUGGGGAGCAAGGUGGGGAGCAAGGUGGGGAGCAAGGUGGGGAGCAAGGUGGGGAGCAAGGUGGGGAGCAAGGUGGGGAGCAAGGUGGGGAGCAAGGUGGGGAGCAAGGUGGGGAGCAAGGUGGGGAGCAAGGUGGGGAGCAAGGUGGGGAGCAAGGUGGGGAGCAAGGUGGGGAGCAAGGUGGGGAGCAAGGUGGGGAGGCAAGGUGGGGAGCAAGGUGGGGAGCAAGGUGGGGAGCAAGGUGGGGAGCAAGGUGGGGAGCAAGGUGGGGAGCAAGGUGGGGAGCAAGGUGGGGAGCAGGUGGGGAGCAAGGUGGGGAGCAAGGUGGGGAGCAAGGUGGGGAGCAAGGUGGGGAGCAAGGUGGGGAGCAAGGUGGGGAGCAAGGUGGGGAGCAAGGUGGGGGCCAGGUGGGGAGCAAGGUGGGGAGCAAUGGUGGGGAGCAAGGUGGGGAGCAAGGUGGGGAGCAAGGUGGGGAGCAAGGUGGGGAGCAAGGUGGGGAGCAAGGUGGGGAGCAAGUGGGGAGCAAGGUGGGGAGCAAGGUGGGGAGCAAGGUGGGAGCAAGGUGGGGAGCAAGGUGGGGAGCAAGGUGGGGAGCAAGGUGGGGAAGCAAGGUGGGGAGCAAGGUGGGGAGCAAGGUGGGGAGCAAGCAAGGUGGGGAGCAAGGUGGGGAGCAAGGUGGGGAGCAAGGUGGGGAGCAAGGUGGGGAGCAAGGUGGGGAGCAAGGUGGGGAGCAAGGUGGGGAGCAAGGUGGGGAGCAAGGUGGGGAGCAAGGUGGGGAGCAAGGUGGGGAGCAAGGUGGGGAGCAAGGUGGGGAGCAAGGUGGGGAGCAAGGUGGGGAGCAAGGUGGGGAGCAAGGUGGGGAGCAAGGUGGGGAGCAAGGUGGGGAGCAAGGUGGGGAGCAAGGUGGGGAGCAAGGUGGGGAGCAAGGUGGGGAGCAAGGUGGGGAGCAAGGUGGGGAGCAAGGUGGGGAGCAAGGUGGGGAGCAAGGUGGGGAGCAAGGUGGGGAGCAAGGUGGGGAGCAAGGUGGGGAGCAAGGUGGGGAGCAAGGUGGGGAGCAAGGUGGGGAGCAAGGUGGGGAGCAAGGUGGGGAGCAAGGUGGGGAGCAAGGUGGGGAGCAAGGUGGGGAGCAAGGUGGGGAGCAAGGUGGGGAGCAAGGUGGGGAGCAAGGUGGGGAGCAAGGUGGGGAGCAAGGUGGGGAGCAAGGUGGGGAGCAAGGUGGGGAGCAAGGUGGGGAGCAAGGUGGGGAGCAAGGUGGGGAGCAAGGUGGGGAGCAAGGUGGGGAGCAAGGUGGGGAGCAAGGUGGGGAGCAAGGUGGGGAGCAAGGUGGGGAGCAAGGUGGGGAGCAAGGUGGGGAGCAAGGUGGGGAGCAAGGUGGGGAGCAAGGUGGGGAGCAAGGUGGGGAGCAAGGUGGGGAGCAAGGUGGGGAGCAAGGUGGGGAGCAAGGUGGGGAGCAAGGUGGGGAGCAAGGUGGGGAGCAAGGUGGGGAGCAAGGUGGGGAGCAAGGUGGGGAGCAAGGUGGGGAGCAAGGUGGGGAGCAAGGUGGGGAGCAAGGUGGGGAGCAAGGUGGGGAGCAAGGUGGGGAGCAAGGUGGGGAGCAAGGUGGGGAGCAAGGUGGGGAGCAAGGUGGGGAGCAAGGUGGGGAGCAAGGUGGGGAGCAAGGUGGGGAGCAAGGUGGGGGAGCAAGGUGGGGAGCAAGGUGGGGAGCAAGGUGGGGAGCAAGGUGGGGAGCAAGGUGGGAGCAAGGUGGGGAGCAAGGUGGGGAGCAAGGUGGGGAGCAAGGUGGGGAGCAAGGUGGGGAGCAAGGUGGGGAGCAAGGUGGGGAGCAAGGUGGGGAGCAAGGUGGGGAGCAAGGUGGGGAGCAAGGUGGGAGCAAGGUGGGGAGCAAGGUGGGGAGCAAGGUGGGGAGCAAGGUGGGGAGCAAGGUGGGGAGGCAAGGUGAGGGAGCAAGGUGGGGAGCAAGGUGGGGAGCAAGGUGGGGAGCAAGGUGGGGAGCAAGGUCGUGGGAGCAAGGUGGGGAGCAAGGUGGGGAGCAAGGUGGGGAGCAAGGUGGGGAGCAAGGUGGGGAGCAAGGUGGGGAGCAAGGUGGGGAGCAAGGUGGGGAGCAAGGUGGGGAGCAAGGUGGGGAGCAAGGUGGGGAGCAAGUGUGGGGAGCAAGGUGGGAGCAAGGGUGGGAGCAAGGUGGGGAGCAAGGUGGGGAGCAAGGUGGGGAGCAAGGUGGGGAGCAAGGUGGGGAGCAAGGUGGGAGCAAGGUGGGGGAGCAAGGUGGGGAGCAAGGUGGGGAGCAAGGUGGGAGCAAGGUGGGGAGCAAGGUGGGAGCAAGGUGGGGAGCAAGUGGGGAGCAAGGUGGGGAGCAAGGUGGGGAGCAAGGUGGGGAGCAAGGUGGGGAGCAAGGUGGGGAGCAAGGUGGGGAGCAAGGUGGGGAGCAAGGUGGGGAGCAAGGUGGGGAGCAAGGUGGGGAGCAAGGUGGGGAGCCAGGUUGGGGAGCAAGGUGGGGAGCAAGGUGGGGAGCAAGGUGGGGAGCAAGGUGGGGAGCAAGGUGGGGAGCAAGGUGGGGAGCAAGGUGGGGAGCAAGGUGGGGAGCAAGGUGGGGAGCAUGGUGGGAGCAAGGUGGGGAGCAAGGUGGGGAGCAAGGUGGGGAGCAAGGUGGGGAGCAAGGUGGGGAGCAAGGUGGGGAGCAAGGUGGGGAGCAAGGUGGGGAGCAAGUGGGGAGCAAGUUGGGGCGCAGGUGGGGAGCAAGGUGGGGAGCAAGGUGGGGAGCAAGGUGGGAGCAAGGUGGGGAGCAAGGUGGGGAGCAAGGUGGGGAGCAAGGUGGGGAGCAAGGGUGGGGAGCAAGGUGGGAGCAAGGUGGGAGCAAGGUGGGGAGCAAGGUGGGGAGCAAGGUGGGGAGCAAGGUGGGAGCAAGGUGAGGGAGCAAGGUGGGAGCAAGGUGGGGAGCAAGGUGGGGAGCAAGGUGGGGAGCAAGGUGGGGAGCAAGGUGGGGAGCAAGGUGGGAGCAAGGUGGGGAGCAAGGUGGGGCGCAAGGUGGGGAGCAAGGUGGGGAGCAAGGUGGGGAGCAAGGUGGGGAGCAAGGUGGGGAGCAAGGUGGGGAGCAAGGUGGUAGCAAGGUGGGAGCAAGGUGGGGAGCAAGGUGGGGAGCAAGGUGGGGAGCAAGGUGGGGAGCAAGGUGGGGAGCAAGGUGGGGAGCAAGGUGGGGAAGCAAGCAAGGUGGGGAGCAAGGUGGGGAGCAGGUGGGGAGCAAGGUGGGGAGCAAGGUGGGGAGCAAGGUGGGGAGCAAGGUGGGGAGCAAGGUGGGGAGCAAGGUGGGGAGCAAGGUGGGGAAGCAAGGUGGGGAGCAAGGUGGGGAGCAAGGUGGGGAGCAAGGUGGGGAGGCAAGGUGGGGAGCAAGGUGGGGAGCAAGGUGGGGAGCAAGGUGGGGAGCAAGGUGGGAGCAAGGUGGGGAGCAAGGUGGGGAGCAAGGUGGGGAGCAAGGUGGGGAGCAAGGUGGGGAGCAAGGUGGGGAGCAAGGUGGGGAGCAAGGUGGGGAGCAAGGUGGGGAGCAAGGUGGGGAGCAAGGUGGGGAGCAAGGUGGGGAGCAAGGUGGGGAGCAAGGUGGGGAGCAAGGUGGGGAGCAAGGUGGGGAGCAAGGUGGGGAGCAAGGUGGGGAGCAAGGUGGGGAGCAAGGUGGGGAGCAAGGUGGGGAGCAAGGUGGGGAGCAAGGUGGGGAGCAAGGUGGGGAGCAAGGUGGGGAGCAAGGUGGGGAGCAAGGUGGGGAGCAAGGUGGGGAGCAAGGUGGGGAGCAAGGUGGGGAGCAAGGUGGGGAGCAAGGUGGGGAGCAAGGUGGGGAGCAAGGUGGGGAGCAAGGUGGGGAGCAAGGUGGGGAGCAAGGUGGGGAGCAAGGUGGGGAGCAAGGUGGGGAGCAAGGUGGGGAGCAAGGUGGGGAGCAAGGUGGGGAGCAAGGUGGGGAGCAAGGUGGGGAGCAAGGUGGGGAGCAAGGUGGGGAGCAAGGUGGGGAGCAAGGUGGGGAGCAAGGUGGGGAGCAAGGUGGGGAGCAAGGUGGGGAGCAAGGUGGGGAGCAAGGUGGGGAGCAAGGUGGGGAGCAAGGUGGGGAGCAAGGUGGGGAGCAAGGUGGGGAGCAAGGUGGGGAGCAAGGUGGGGAGCAAGGUGGGGAGCAAGGUGGGGAGCAAGGUGGGGAGCAAGGUGGGGAGCAAGGUGGGGAGCAAGGUGGGGAGCAAGGUGGGGAGCAAGGUGGGGAGCAAGGUGGGGAGCAAGGUGGGGAGCAAGGUGGGGAGCAAGGUGGGGAGCAAGGUGGGGAGCAAGGUGGGGAGCAAGGUGGGGAGCAAGGUGGGGAGCAAGGUGGGGAGCAAGGUGGGGAGCAAGGUGGGGAGCAAGGUGGGGAGCAAGGUGGGGAGCAAGGUGGGGAGCAAGGUGGGGAGCAAGGUGGGGAGCAAGGUGGGGAGCAAGGUGGGGAGCAAGGUGGGGAGCAAGGUGGGGAGCAAGGUGGGGAGCAAGGUGGGGAGCAAGGUGGGGAGCAAGGUGGGGAGCAAGGUGGGGAGCAAGGUGGGGAGCAAGGUGGGGAGCAAGGUGGGGAGCAAGGUGGGGAGCAAGGUGGGGAGCAAGGUGGGGAGCAAGGUGGGGAGCAAGGUGGGGAGCAAGGUGGGGAGCAAGGUGGGGAGCAAGGUGGGGAGCAAGGUGGGGAGCAAGGUGGGGAGCAAGGUGGGGAGCAAGGUGGGGAGCAAGGUGGGGAGCAAGGUGGGGAGCAAGGUGGGGAGCAAGGUGGGGAGCAAGGUGGGGAGCAAGGUGGGGAGCAAGGUGGGGAGCAAGGUGGGGAGCAAGGUGGGGAGCAAGGUGGGGAGCAAGGUGGGGAGCAAGGUGGGGAGCAAGGUGGGGAGCAAGGUGGGGAGCAAGGUGGGGAGCAAGGUGGGGAGCAAGGUGGGGAGCAAGGUGGGGAGCAAGGUGGGGAGCAAGGUGGGGAGCAAGGUGGGGAGCAAGGUGGGGAGCAAGGUGGGGAGCAAGGUGGGGAGCAAGGUGGGGAGCAAGGUGGGGAGCAAGGUGGGGAGCAAGGUGGGGAGCAAGGUGGGGAGCAAGGUGGGGAGCAAGGUGGGGAGCAAGGUGGGGAGCAAGGUGGGGAGCAAGGUGGGGAGCAAGGUGGGGAGCAAGGUGGGGAGCAAGGUGGGGAGCAAGGUGGGGAGCAAGGUGGGGAGCAAGGUGGGGAGCAAGGUGGGGAGCAAGGUGGGGAGCAAGGUGGGGAGCAAGGUGGGGAGCAAGGUGGGGAGCAAGGUGGGGAGCAAGGUGGGGAGCAAGGUGGGGAGCAAGGUGGGGAGCAAGGUGGGGAGCAAGGUGGGGAGCAAGGUGGGGAGCAAGGUGGGGAGCAAGGUGGGGAGCAAGGUGGGGAGCAAGGUGGGGAGCAAGGUGGGGAGCAAGGUGGGGAGCAAGGUGGGGAGCAAGGUGGGGAGCAAGGUGGGGAGCAAGGUGGGGAGCAAGGUGGGGAGCAAGGUGGGGAGCAAGGUGGGGAGCAAGGUGGGGAGCAAGGUGGGGAGCAAGGUGGGGAGCAAGGUGGGGAGCAAGGUGGGGAGCAAGGUGGGGAGCAAGGUGGGGAGCAAGGUGGGGAGCAAGGUGGGGAGCAAGGUGGGGAGCAAGGUGGGGAGCAAGGUGGGGAGCAAGGUGGGGAGCAAGGUGGGGAGCAAGGUGGGGAGCAAGGUGGGGAGCAAGGUGGGGAGCAAGGUGGGGAGCAAGGUGGGGAGCAAGGUGGGGAGCAAGGUGGGGAGCAAGGUGGGGAGCAAGGUGGGGAGCAAGGUGGGGAGCAAGGUGGGGAGCAAGGUGGGGAGCAAGGUGGGGAGCAAGGUGGGGAGCAAGGUGGGGAGCAAGGUGGGGAGCAAGGUGGGGAGCAAGGUGGGGAGCAAGGUGGGGAGCAAGGUGGGGAGCAAGGUGGGGAGCAAGGUGGGGAGCAAGGUGGGGAGCAAGGUGGGGAGCAAGGUGGGGAGCAAGGUGGGGAGCAAGGUGGGGAGCAAGGUGGGGAGCAAGGUGGGGAGCAAGGUGGGGAGCAAGGUGGGGAGCAAGGUGGGGAGCAAGGUGGGGAGCAAGGUGGGGAGCAAGGUGGGGAGCAAGGUGGGGAGCAAGGUGGGGAGCAAGGUGGGGAGCAAGGUGGGGAGCAAGGUGGGGAGCAAGGUGGGGAGCAAGGUGGGGAGCAAGGUGGGGAGCAAGGUGGGGAGCAAGGUGGGGAGCAAGGUGGGGAGCAAGGUGGGGAGCAAGGUGGGGAGCAAGGUGGGGAGCAAGGUGGGGAGCAAGGUGGGGAGCAAGGUGGGGAGCAAGGUGGGGAGCAAGGUGGGGAGCAAGGUGGGGAGCAAGGUGGGGAGCAAGGUGGGGAGCAAGGUGGGGAGCAAGGUGGGGAGCAAGGUGGGGAGCAAGGUGGGGAGCAAGGUGGGGAGCAAGGUGGGGAGCAAGGUGGGGAGCAAGGUGGGGAGCAAGGUGGGGAGCAAGGUGGGGAGCAAGGUGGGGAGCAAGGUGGGGAGCAAGGUGGGGAGCAAGGUGGGGAGCAAGGUGGGGAGCAAGGUGGGGAGCAAGGUGGGGAGCAAGGUGGGGAGCAAGGUGGGGAGCAAGGUGGGGAGCAAGGUGGGGAGCAAGGUGGGGAGCAAGGUGGGGAGCAAGGUGGGGAGCAAGGUGGGGAGCAAGGUGGGGAGCAAGGUGGGGAGCAAGGUGGGGAGCAAGGUGGGGAGCAAGGUGGGGAGCAAGGUGGGGAGCAAGGUGGGGAGCAAGGUGGGGAGCAAGGUGGGGAGCAAGGUGGGGAGCAAGGUGGGGAGCAAGGUGGGGAGCAAGGUGGGGAGCAAGGUGGGGAGCAAGGUGGGGAGCAAGGUGGGGAGCAAGGUGGGGAGCAAGGUGGGGAGCAAGGUGGGGAGCAAGGUGGGGAGCAAGGUGGGGAGCAAGGUGGGGAGCAAGGUGGGGAGCAAGGUGGGGAGCAAGGUGGGGAGCAAGGUGGGGAGCAAGGUGGGGAGCAAGGUGGGGAGCAAGGUGGGGAGCAAGGUGGGGAGCAAGGUGGGGAGCAAGGUGGGGAGCAAGGUGGGGAGCAAGGUGGGGAGCAAGGUGGGGAGCAAGGUGGGGAGCAAGGUGGGGAGCAAGGUGGGGAGCAAGGUGGGGAGCAAGGUGGGGAGCAAGGUGGGGAGCAAGGUGGGGAGCAAGGUGGGGAGCAAGGUGGGGAGCAAGGUGGGGAGCAAGGUGGGGAGCAAGGUGGGGAGCAAGGUGGGGAGCAAGGUGGGGAGCAAGGUGGGGAGCAAGGUGGGGAGCAAGGUGGGGAGCAAGGUGGGGAGCAAGGUGGGGAGCAAGGUGGGGAGCAAGGUGGGGAGCAAGGUGGGGAGCAAGGUGGGGAGCAAGGUGGGGAGCAAGGUGGGGAGCAAGGUGGGGAGCAAGGUGGGGAGCAAGGUGGGGAGCAAGGUGGGGAGCAAGGUGGGGAGCAAGGUGGGGAGCAAGGUGGGGAGCAAGGUGGGGAGCAAGGUGGGGAGCAAGGUGGGGAGCAAGGUGGGGAGCAAGGUGGGGAGCAAGGUGGGGAGCAAGGUGGGGAGCAAGGUGGGGAGCAAGGUGGGGAGCAAGGUGGGGAGCAAGGUGGGGAGCAAGGUGGGGAGCAAGGUGGGGAGCAAGGUGGGGAGCAAGGUGGGGAGCAAGGUGGGGAGCAAGGUGGGGAGCAAGGUGGGGAGCAAGGUGGGGAGCAAGGUGGGGAGCAAGGUGGGGAGCAAGGUGGGGAGCAAGGUGGGGAGCAAGGUGGGGAGCAAGGUGGGGAGCAAGGUGGGGAGCAAGGUGGGGAGCAAGGUGGGGAGCAAGGUGGGGAGCAAGGUGGGGAGCAAGGUGGGGAGCAAGGUGGGGAGCAAGGUGGGGAGCAAGGUGGGGAGCAAGGUGGGGAGCAAGGUGGGGAGCAAGGUGGGGAGCAAGGUGGGGAGCAAGGUGGGGAGCAAGGUGGGGAGCAAGGUGGGGAGCAAGGUGGGGAGCAAGGUGGGGAGCAAGGUGGGGAGCAAGGUGGGGAGCAAGGUGGGGAGCAAGGUGGGGAGCAAGGUGGGGAGCAAGGUGGGGAGCAAGGUGGGGAGCAAGGUGGGGAGCAAGGUGGGGAGCAAGGUGGGGAGCAAGGUGGGGAGCAAGGUGGGGAGCAAGGUGGGGAGCAAGGUGGGGAGCAAGGUGGGGAGCAAGGUGGGGAGCAAGGUGGGGAGCAAGGUGGGGAGCAAGGUGGGGAGCAAGGUGGGGAGCAAGGUGGGGAGCAAGGUGGGGAGCAAGGUGGGGAGCAAGGUGGGGAGCAAGGUGGGGAGCAAGGUGGGGAGCAAGGUGGGGAGCAAGGUGGGGAGCAAGGUGGGGAGCAAGGUGGGGAGCAAGGUGGGGAGCAAGGUGGGGAGCAAGGUGGGGAGCAAGGUGGGGAGCAAGGUGGGGAGCAAGGUGGGGAGCAAGGUGGGGAGCAAGGUGGGGAGCAAGGUGGGGAGCAAGGUGGGGAGCAAGGUGGGGAGCAAGGUGGGGAGCAAGGUGGGGAGCAAGGUGGGGAGCAAGGUGGGGAGCAAGGUGGGGAGCAAGGUGGGGAGCAAGGUGGGGAGCAAGGUGGGGAGCAAGGUGGGGAGCAAGGUGGGGAGCAAGGUGGGGAGCAAGGUGGGGAGCAAGGUGGGGAGCAAGGUGGGGAGCAAGGUGGGGAGCAAGGUGGGGAGCAAGGUGGGGAGCAAGGUGGGGAGCAAGGUGGGGAGCAAGGUGGGGAGCAAGGUGGGGAGCAAGGUGGGGAGCAAGGUGGGGAGCAAGGUGGGGAGCAAGGUGGGGAGCAAGGUGGGGAGCAAGGUGGGGAGCAAGGUGGGGAGCAAGGUGGGGAGCAAGGUGGGGAGCAAGGUGGGGAGCAAGGUGGGGAGCAAGGUGGGGAGCAAGGUGGGGAGCAAGGUGGGGAGCAAGGUGGGGAGCAAGGUGGGGAGCAAGGUGGGGAGCAAGGUGGGGAGCAAGGUGGGGAGCAAGGUGGGGAGCAAGGUGGGGAGCAAGGUGGGGAGCAAGGUGGGGAGCAAGGUGGGGAGCAAGGUGGGGAGCAAGGUGGGGAGCAAGGUGGGGAGCAAGGUGGGGAGCAAGGUGGGGAGCAAGGUGGGGAGCAAGGUGGGGAGCAAGGUGGGGAGCAAGGUGGGGAGCAAGGUGGGGAGCAAGGUGGGGAGCAAGGUGGGGAGCAAGGUGGGGAGCAAGGUGGGGAGCAAGGUGGGGAGCAAGGUGGGGAGCAAGGUGGGGAGCAAGGUGGGGAGCAAGGUGGGGAGCAAGGUGGGGAGCAAGGUGGGGAGCAAGGUGGGGAGCAAGGUGGGGAGCAAGGUGGGGAGCAAGGUGGGGAGCAAGGUGGGGAGCAAGGUGGGGAGCAAGGUGGGGAGCAAGGUGGGGAGCAAGGUGGGGAGCAAGGUGGGGAGCAAGGUGGGGAGCAAGGUGGGGAGCAAGGUGGGGAGCAAGGUGGGGAGCAAGGUGGGGAGCAAGGUGGGGAGCAAGGUGGGGAGCAAGGUGGGGAGCAAGGUGGGGAGCAAGGUGGGGAGCAAGGUGGGGAGCAAGGUGGGGAGCAAGGUGGGGAGCAAGGUGGGGAGCAAGGUGGGGAGCAAGGUGGGGAGCAAGGUGGGGAGCAAGGUGGGGAGCAAGGUGGGGAGCAAGGUGGGGAGCAAGGUGGGGAGCAAGGUGGGGAGCAAGGUGGGGAGCAAGGUGGGGAGCAAGGUGGGGAGCAAGGUGGGGAGCAAGGUGGGGAGCAAGGUGGGGAGCAAGGUGGGGAGCAAGGUGGGGAGCAAGGUGGGGAGCAAGGUGGGGAGCAAGGUGGGGAGCAAGGUGGGGAGCAAGGUGGGGAGCAAGGUGGGGAGCAAGGUGGGGAGCAAGGUGGGGAGCAAGGUGGGGAGCAAGGUGGGGAGCAAGGUGGGGAGCAAGGUGGGGAGCAAGGUGGGGAGCAAGGUGGGGAGCAAGGUGGGGAGCAAGGUGGGGAGCAAGGUGGGGAGCAAGGUGGGGAGCAAGGUGGGGAGCAAGGUGGGGAGCAAGGUGGGGAGCAAGGUGGGGAGCAAGGUGGGGAGCAAGGUGGGGAGCAAGGUGGGGAGCAAGGUGGGGAGCAAGGUGGGGAGCAAGGUGGGGAGCAAGGUGGGGAGCAAGGUGGGGAGCAAGGUGGGGAGCAAGGUGGGGAGCAAGGUGGGGAGCAAGGUGGGGAGCAAGGUGGGGAGCAAGGUGGGGAGCAAGGUGGGGAGCAAGGUGGGGAGCAAGGUGGGGAGCAAGGUGGGGAGCAAGGUGGGGAGCAAGGUGGGGAGCAAGGUGGGGAGCAAGGUGGGGAGCAAGGUGGGGAGCAAGGUGGGGAGCAAGGUGGGGAGCAAGGUGGGGAGCAAGGUGGGGAGCAAGGUGGGGAGCAAGGUGGGGAGCAAGGUGGGGAGCAAGGUGGGGAGCAAGGUGGGGAGCAAGGUGGGGAGCAAGGUGGGGAGCAAGGUGGGGAGCAAGGUGGGGAGCAAGGUGGGGAGCAAGGUGGGGAGCAAGGUGGGGAGCAAGGUGGGGAGCAAGGUGGGGAGCAAGGUGGGGAGCAAGGUGGGGAGCAAGGUGGGGAGCAAGGUGGGGAGCAAGGUGGGGAGCAAGGUGGGGAGCAAGGUGGGGAGCAAGGUGGGGAGCAAGGUGGGGAGCAAGGUGGGGAGCAAGGUGGGGAGCAAGGUGGGGAGCAAGGUGGGGAGCAAGGUGGGGAGCAAGGUGGGGAGCAAGGUGGGGAGCAAGGUGGGGAGCAAGGUGGGGAGCAAGGUGGGGAGCAAGGUGGGGAGCAAGGUGGGGAGCAAGGUGGGGAGCAAGGUGGGGAGCAAGGUGGGGAGCAAGGUGGGGAGCAAGGUGGGGAGCAAGGUGGGGAGCAAGGUGGGGAGCAAGGUGGGGAGCAAGGUGGGGAGCAAGGUGGGGAGCAAGGUGGGGAGCAAGGUGGGGAGCAAGGUGGGGAGCAAGGUGGGGAGCAAGGUGGGGAGCAAGGUGGGGAGCAAGGUGGGGAGCAAGGUGGGGAGCAAGGUGGGGAGCAAGGUGGGGAGCAAGGUGGGGAGCAAGGUGGGGAGCAAGGUGGGGAGCAAGGUGGGGAGCAAGGUGGGGAGCAAGGUGGGGAGCAAGGUGGGGAGCAAGGUGGGGAGCAAGGUGGGGAGCAAGGUGGGGAGCAAGGUGGGGAGCAAGGUGGGGAGCAAGGUGGGGAGCAAGGUGGGGAGCAAGGUGGGGAGCAAGGUGGGGAGCAAGGUGGGGAGCAAGGUGGGGAGCAAGGUGGGGAGCAAGGUGGGGAGCAAGGUGGGGAGCAAGGUGGGGAGCAAGGUGGGGAGCAAGGUGGGGAGCAAGGUGGGGAGCAAGGUGGGGAGCAAGGUGGGGAGCAAGGUGGGGAGCAAGGUGGGGAGCAAGGUGGGGAGCAAGGUGGGGAGCAAGGUGGGGAGCAAGGUGGGGAGCAAGGUGGGGAGCAAGGUGGGGAGCAAGGUGGGGAGCAAGGUGGGGAGCAAGGUGGGGAGCAAGGUGGGGAGCAAGGUGGGGAGCAAGGUGGGGAGCAAGGUGGGGAGCAAGGUGGGGAGCAAGGUGGGGAGCAAGGUGGGGAGCAAGGUGGGGAGCAAGGUGGGGAGCAAGGUGGGGAGCAAGGUGGGGAGCAAGGUGGGGAGCAAGGUGGGGAGCAAGGUGGGGAGCAAGGUGGGGAGCAAGGUGGGGAGCAAGGUGGGGAGCAAGGUGGGGAGCAAGGUGGGGAGCAAGGUGGGGAGCAAGGUGGGGAGCAAGGUGGGGAGCAAGGUGGGGAGCAAGGUGGGGAGCAAGGUGGGGAGCAAGGUGGGGAGCAAGGUGGGGAGCAAGGUGGGGAGCAAGGUGGGGAGCAAGGUGGGGAGCAAGGUGGGGAGCAAGGUGGGGAGCAAGGUGGGGAGCAAGGUGGGGAGCAAGGUGGGGAGCAAGGUGGGGAGCAAGGUGGGGAGCAAGGUGGGGAGCAAGGUGGGGAGCAAGGUGGGGAGCAAGGUGGGGAGCAAGGUGGGGAGCAAGGUGGGGAGCAAGGUGGGGAGCAAGGUGGGGAGCAAGGUGGGGAGCAAGGUGGGGAGCAAGGUGGGGAGCAAGGUGGGGAGCAAGGUGGGGAGCAAGGUGGGGAGCAAGGUGGGGAGCAAGGUGGGGAGCAAGGUGGGGAGCAAGGUGGGGAGCAAGGUGGGGAGCAAGGUGGGGAGCAAGGUGGGGAGCAAGGUGGGGAGCAAGGUGGGGAGCAAGGUGGGGAGCAAGGUGGGGAGCAAGGUGGGGAGCAAGGUGGGGAGCAAGGUGGGGAGCAAGGUGGGGAGCAAGGUGGGGAGCAAGGUGGGGAGCAAGGUGGGGAGCAAGGUGGGGAGCAAGGUGGGGAGCAAGGUGGGGAGCAAGGUGGGGAGCAAGGUGGGGAGCAAGGUGGGGAGCAAGGUGGGGAGCAAGGUGGGGAGCAAGGUGGGGAGCAAGGUGGGGAGCAAGGUGGGGAGCAAGGUGGGGAGCAAGGUGGGGAGCAAGGUGGGGAGCAAGGUGGGGAGCAAGGUGGGGAGCAAGGUGGGGAGCAAGGUGGGGAGCAAGGUGGGGAGCAAGGUGGGGAGCAAGGUGGGGAGCAAGGUGGGGAGCAAGGUGGGGAGCAAGGUGGGGAGCAAGGUGGGGAGCAAGGUGGGGAGCAAGGUGGGGAGCAAGGUGGGGAGCAAGGUGGGGAGCAAGGUGGGGAGCAAGGUGGGGAGCAAGGUGGGGAGCAAGGUGGGGAGCAAGGUGGGGAGCAAGGUGGGGAGCAAGGUGGGGAGCAAGGUGGGGAGCAAGGUGGGGAGCAAGGUGGGGAGCAAGGUGGGGAGCAAGGUGGGGAGCAAGGUGGGGAGCAAGGUGGGGAGCAAGGUGGGGAGCAAGGUGGGGAGCAAGGUGGGGAGCAAGGUGGGGAGCAAGGUGGGGAGCAAGGUGGGGAGCAAGGUGGGGAGCAAGGUGGGGAGCAAGGUGGGGAGCAAGGUGGGGAGCAAGGUGGGGAGCAAGGUGGGGAGCAAGGUGGGGAGCAAGGUGGGGAGCAAGGUGGGGAGCAAGGUGGGGAGCAAGGUGGGGAGCAAGGUGGGGAGCAAGGUGGGGAGCAAGGUGGGGAGCAAGGUGGGGAGCAAGGUGGGGAGCAAGGUGGGGAGCAAGGUGGGGAGCAAGGUGGGGAGCAAGGUGGGGAGCAAGGUGGGGAGCAAGGUGGGGAGCAAGGUGGGGAGCAAGGUGGGGAGCAAGGUGGGGAGCAAGGUGGGGAGCAAGGUGGGGAGCAAGGUGGGGAGCAAGGUGGGGAGCAAGGUGGGGAGCAAGGUGGGGAGCAAGGUGGGGAGCAAGGUGGGGAGCAAGGUGGGGAGCAAGGUGGGGAGCAAGGUGGGGAGCAAGGUGGGGAGCAAGGUGGGGAGCAAGGUGGGGAGCAAGGUGGGGAGCAAGGUGGGGAGCAAGGUGGGGAGCAAGGUGGGGAGCAAGGUGGGGAGCAAGGUGGGGAGCAAGGUGGGGAGCAAGGUGGGGAGCAAGGUGGGGAGCAAGGUGGGGAGCAAGGUGGGGAGCAAGGUGGGGAGCAAGGUGGGGAGCAAGGUGGGGAGCAAGGUGGGGAGCAAGGUGGGGAGCAAGGUGGGGAGCAAGGUGGGGAGCAAGGUGGGGAGCAAGGUGGGGAGCAAGGUGGGGAGCAAGGUGGGGAGCAAGGUGGGGAGCAAGGUGGGGAGCAAGGUGGGGAGCAAGGUGGGGAGCAAGGUGGGGAGCAAGGUGGGGAGCAAGGUGGGGAGCAAGGUGGGGAGCAAGGUGGGGAGCAAGGUGGGGAGCAAGGUGGGGAGCAAGGUGGGGAGCAAGGUGGGGAGCAAGGUGGGGAGCAAGGUGGGGAGCAAGGUGGGGAGCAAGGUGGGGAGCAAGGUGGGGAGCAAGGUGGGGAGCAAGGUGGGGAGCAAGGUGGGGAGCAAGGUGGGGAGCAAGGUGGGGAGCAAGGUGGGGAGCAAGGUGGGGAGCAAGGUGGGGAGCAAGGUGGGGAGCAAGGUGGGGAGCAAGGUGGGGAGCAAGGUGGGGAGCAAGGUGGGGAGCAAGGUGGGGAGCAAGGUGGGGAGCAAGGUGGGGAGCAAGGUGGGGAGCAAGGUGGGGAGCAAGGUGGGGAGCAAGGUGGGGAGCAAGGUGGGGAGCAAGGUGGGGAGCAAGGUGGGGAGCAAGGUGGGGAGCAAGGUGGGGAGCAAGGUGGGGAGCAAGGUGGGGAGCAAGGUGGGGAGCAAGGUGGGGAGCAAGGUGGGGAGCAAGGUGGGGAGCAAGGUGGGGAGCAAGGUGGGGAGCAAGGUGGGGAGCAAGGUGGGGAGCAAGGUGGGGAGCAAGGUGGGGAGCAAGGUGGGGAGCAAGGUGGGGAGCAAGGUGGGGAGCAAGGUGGGGAGCAAGGUGGGGAGCAAGGUGGGGAGCAAGGUGGGGAGCAAGGUGGGGAGCAAGGUGGGGAGCAAGGUGGGGAGCAAGGUGGGGAGCAAGGUGGGGAGCAAGGUGGGGAGCAAGGUGGGGAGCAAGGUGGGGAGCAAGGUGGGGAGCAAGGUGGGGAGCAAGGUGGGGAGCAAGGUGGGGAGCAAGGUGGGGAGCAAGGUGGGGAGCAAGGUGGGGAGCAAGGUGGGGAGCAAGGUGGGGAGCAAGGUGGGGAGCAAGGUGGGGAGCAAGGUGGGGAGCAAGGUGGGGAGCAAGGUGGGGAGCAAGGUGGGGAGCAAGGUGGGGAGCAAGGUGGGGAGCAAGGUGGGGAGCAAGGUGGGGAGCAAGGUGGGGAGCAAGGUGGGGAGCAAGGUGGGGAGCAAGGUGGGGAGCAAGGUGGGGAGCAAGGUGGGGAGCAAGGUGGGGAGCAAGGUGGGGAGCAAGGUGGGGAGCAAGGUGGGGAGCAAGGUGGGGAGCAAGGUGGGGAGCAAGGUGGGGAGCAAGGUGGGGAGCAAGGUGGGGAGCAAGGUGGGGAGCAAGGUGGGGAGCAAGGUGGGGAGCAAGGUGGGGAGCAAGGUGGGGAGCAAGGUGGGGAGCAAGGUGGGGAGCAAGGUGGGGAGCAAGGUGGGGAGCAAGGUGGGGAGCAAGGUGGGGAGCAAGGUGGGGAGCAAGGUGGGGAGCAAGGUGGGGAGCAAGGUGGGGAGCAAGGUGGGGAGCAAGGUGGGGAGCAAGGUGGGGAGCAAGGUGGGGAGCAAGGUGGGGAGCAAGGUGGGGAGCAAGGUGGGGAGCAAGGUGGGGAGCAAGGUGGGGAGCAAGGUGGGGAGCAAGGUGGGGAGCAAGGUGGGGAGCAAGGUGGGGAGCAAGGUGGGGAGCAAGGUGGGGAGCAAGGUGGGGAGCAAGGUGGGGAGCAAGGUGGGGAGCAAGGUGGGGAGCAAGGUGGGGAGCAAGGUGGGGAGCAAGGUGGGGAGCAAGGUGGGGAGCAAGGUGGGGAGCAAGGUGGGGAGCAAGGUGGGGAGCAAGGUGGGGAGCAAGGUGGGGAGCAAGGUGGGGAGCAAGGUGGGGAGCAAGGUGGGGAGCAAGGUGGGGAGCAAGGUGGGGAGCAAGGUGGGGAGCAAGGUGGGGAGCAAGGUGGGGAGCAAGGUGGGGAGCAAGGUGGGGAGCAAGGUGGGGAGCAAGGUGGGGAGCAAGGUGGGGAGCAAGGUGGGGAGCAAGGUGGGGAGCAAGGUGGGGAGCAAGGUGGGGAGCAAGGUGGGGAGCAAGGUGGGGAGCAAGGUGGGGAGCAAGGUGGGGAGCAAGGUGGGGAGCAAGGUGGGGAGCAAGGUGGGGAGCAAGGUGGGGAGCAAGGUGGGGAGCAAGGUGGGGAGCAAGGUGGGGAGCAAGGUGGGGAGCAAGGUGGGGAGCAAGGUGGGGAGCAAGGUGGGGAGCAAGGUGGGGAGCAAGGUGGGGAGCAAGGUGGGGAGCAAGGUGGGGAGCAAGGUGGGGAGCAAGGUGGGGAGCAAGGUGGGGAGCAAGGUGGGGAGCAAGGUGGGGAGCAAGGUGGGGAGCAAGGUGGGGAGCAAGGUGGGGAGCAAGGUGGGGAGCAAGGUGGGGAGCAAGGUGGGGAGCAAGGUGGGGAGCAAGGUGGGGAGCAAGGUGGGGAGCAAGGUGGGGAGCAAGGUGGGGAGCAAGGUGGGGAGCAAGGUGGGGAGCAAGGUGGGGAGCAAGGUGGGGAGCAAGGUGGGGAGCAAGGUGGGGAGCAAGGUGGGGAGCAAGGUGGGGAGCAAGGUGGGGAGCAAGGUGGGGAGCAAGGUGGGGAGCAAGGUGGGGAGCAAGGUGGGGAGCAAGGUGGGGAGCAAGGUGGGGAGCAAGGUGGGGAGCAAGGUGGGGAGCAAGGUGGGGAGCAAGGUGGGGAGCAAGGUGGGGAGCAAGGUGGGGAGCAAGGUGGGGAGCAAGGUGGGGAGCAAGGUGGGGAGCAAGGUGGGGAGCAAGGUGGGGAGCAAGGUGGGGAGCAAGGUGGGGAGCAAGGUGGGGAGCAAGGUGGGGAGCAAGGUGGGGAGCAAGGUGGGGAGCAAGGUGGGGAGCAAGGUGGGGAGCAAGGUGGGGAGCAAGGUGGGGAGCAAGGUGGGGAGCAAGGUGGGGAGCAAGGUGGGGAGCAAGGUGGGGAGCAAGGUGGGGAGCAAGGUGGGGAGCAAGGUGGGGAGCAAGGUGGGGAGCAAGGUGGGGAGCAAGGUGGGGAGCAAGGUGGGGAGCAAGGUGGGGAGCAAGGUGGGGAGCAAGGUGGGGAGCAAGGUGGGGAGCAAGGUGGGGAGCAAGGUGGGGAGCAAGGUGGGGAGCAAGGUGGGGAGCAAGGUGGGGAGCAAGGUGGGGAGCAAGGUGGGGAGCAAGGUGGGGAGCAAGGUGGGGAGCAAGGUGGGGAGCAAGGUGGGGAGCAAGGUGGGGAGCAAGGUGGGGAGCAAGGUGGGGAGCAAGGUGGGGAGCAAGGUGGGGAGCAAGGUGGGGAGCAAGGUGGGGAGCAAGGUGGGGAGCAAGGUGGGGAGCAAGGUGGGGAGCAAGGUGGGGAGCAAGGUGGGGAGCAAGGUGGGGAGCAAGGUGGGGAGCAAGGUGGGGAGCAAGGUGGGGAGCAAGGUGGGGAGCAAGGUGGGGAGCAAGGUGGGGAGCAAGGUGGGGAGCAAGGUGGGGAGCAAGGUGGGGAGCAAGGUGGGGAGCAAGGUGGGGAGCAAGGUGGGGAGCAAGGUGGGGAGCAAGGUGGGGAGCAAGGUGGGGAGCAAGGUGGGGAGCAAGGUGGGGAGCAAGGUGGGGAGCAAGGUGGGGAGCAAGGUGGGGAGCAAGGUGGGGAGCAAGGUGGGGAGCAAGGUGGGGAGCAAGGUGGGGAGCAAGGUGGGGAGCAAGGUGGGGAGCAAGGUGGGGAGCAAGGUGGGGAGCAAGGUGGGGAGCAAGGUGGGGAGCAAGGUGGGGAGCAAGGUGGGGAGCAAGGUGGGGAGCAAGGUGGGGAGCAAGGUGGGGAGCAAGGUGGGGAGCAAGGUGGGGAGCAAGGUGGGGAGCAAGGUGGGGAGCAAGGUGGGGAGCAAGGUGGGGAGCAAGGUGGGGAGCAAGGUGGGGAGCAAGGUGGGGAGCAAGGUGGGGAGCAAGGUGGGGAGCAAGGUGGGGAGCAAGGUGGGGAGCAAGGUGGGGAGCAAGGUGGGGAGCAAGGUGGGGAGCAAGGUGGGGAGCAAGGUGGGGAGCAAGGUGGGGAGCAAGGUGGGGAGCAAGGUGGGGAGCAAGGUGGGGAGCAAGGUGGGGAGCAAGGUGGGGAGCAAGGUGGGGAGCAAGGUGGGGAGCAAGGUGGGGAGCAAGGUGGGGAGCAAGGUGGGGAGCAAGGUGGGGAGCAAGGUGGGGAGCAAGGUGGGGAGCAAGGUGGGGAGCAAGGUGGGGAGCAAGGUGGGGAGCAAGGUGGGGAGCAAGGUGGGGAGCAAGGUGGGGAGCAAGGUGGGGAGCAAGGUGGGGAGCAAGGUGGGGAGCAAGGUGGGGAGCAAGGUGGGGAGCAAGGUGGGGAGCAAGGUGGGGAGCAAGGUGGGGAGCAAGGUGGGGAGCAAGGUGGGGAGCAAGGUGGGGAGCAAGGUGGGGAGCAAGGUGGGGAGCAAGGUGGGGAGCAAGGUGGGGAGCAAGGUGGGGAGCAAGGUGGGGAGCAAGGUGGGGAGCAAGGUGGGGAGCAAGGUGGGGAGCAAGGUGGGGAGCAAGGUGGGGAGCAAGGUGGGGAGCAAGGUGGGGAGCAAGGUGGGGAGCAAGGUGGGGAGCAAGGUGGGGAGCAAGGUGGGGAGCAAGGUGGGGAGCAAGGUGGGGAGCAAGGUGGGGAGCAAGGUGGGGAGCAAGGUGGGGAGCAAGGUGGGGAGCAAGGUGGGGAGCAAGGUGGGGAGCAAGGUGGGGAGCAAGGUGGGGAGCAAGGUGGGGAGCAAGGUGGGGAGCAAGGUGGGGAGCAAGGUGGGGAGCAAGGUGGGGAGCAAGGUGGGGAGCAAGGUGGGGAGCAAGGUGGGGAGCAAGGUGGGGAGCAAGGUGGGGAGCAAGGUGGGGAGCAAGGUGGGGAGCAAGGUGGGGAGCAAGGUGGGGAGCAAGGUGGGGAGCAAGGUGGGGAGCAAGGUGGGGAGCAAGGUGGGGAGCAAGGUGGGGAGCAAGGUGGGGAGCAAGGUGGGGAGCAAGGUGGGGAGCAAGGUGGGGAGCAAGGUGGGGAGCAAGGUGGGGAGCAAGGUGGGGAGCAAGGUGGGGAGCAAGGUGGGGAGCAAGGUGGGGAGCAAGGUGGGGAGCAAGGUGGGGAGCAAGGUGGGGAGCAAGGUGGGGAGCAAGGUGGGGAGCAAGGUGGGGAGCAAGGUGGGGAGCAAGGUGGGGAGCAAGGUGGGGAGCAAGGUGGGGAGCAAGGUGGGGAGCAAGGUGGGGAGCAAGGUGGGGAGCAAGGUGGGGAGCAAGGUGGGGAGCAAGGUGGGGAGCAAGGUGGGGAGCAAGGUGGGGAGCAAGGUGGGGAGCAAGGUGGGGAGCAAGGGUGGGGAGCAAGGUGGGGAGCAAGGUGGGGAGCAAGGUGGGGAGCAAGGUGGGGAGCAAGGGUGGGGAGCAAGGUGGGGAGCAAGGUGGGAGCAAGGUGGGGAGCAAGGUGGGGAGCAAGGUGGGGAGCAAGGUGGGGAGCAAGGUGGGGAGCAAGGUGGGGAGCAAGGUGGGGAGCAAGGUGGGGAGCAAGGUGGGGAGCACGGUGGGGAGCAAGGUGGGGAGCAAGGUGGGGAGCAAGGUGGGGAGCAAGGUGGGGAGCAAGGUGGGAGCAAGGUGGGGAGCAAGGUGGGGAGCAAGGUGGGGAGCAAGCAAGGUGGGGAGCAAGGUGGGGAGCAAGGUGGGAGCAAGGUGGGGAGCAAGGUGGGGAGCAAGGUGGGGAGCAAGGUGGGGAGCAAGGUGGGGAGCAAGGUGGGGAGCAAGGUGGGGAGCAAGGUGGGGAGCAAGGUGGGGAGCAAGGUGGGGAGCAAGGUGGGGAGCAAGGUGGGGAGCAAGGUGGGGAGCAAGGUGGGGAGCAAGGUGGGGAGCAAGGUGGGGAGCAAGGUGGGGAGCAAGGUGGGGAGCAAGGUGGGGAGCAAGGUGGGGAGCAAGGUGGGGAGCAAGGUGGGGAGCAAGGUGGGGAGCAAGGUGGGGAGCAAGGUGGGGAGCAAGGUGGGGAGCAAGGUGGGGAGCAAGGUGGGGAGCAAGGUGGGGAGCAAGGUGGGGAGCAAGGUGGGGAGCAAGGUGGGGAGCAAGGUGGGGAGCAAGGUGGGGAGCAAGGUGGGGAGCAAGGUGGGGAGCAAGGUGGGGAGCAAGGUGGGGAGCAAGGUGGGGAGCAAGGUGGGGAGCAAGGUGGGGAGCAAGGUGGGGAGCAAGGUGGGGAGCAAGGUGGGGAGCAAGGUGGGGAGCAAGGUGGGGAGCAAGGUGGGGAGCAAGGUGGGGAGCAAGGUGGGGAGCAAGGUGGGGAGCAAGGUGGGGAGCAAGGUGGGGAGCAAGGUGGGGAGCAAGGUGGGGAGCAAGGUGGGGAGCAAGGUGGGGAGCAAGGUGGGGAGCAAGGUGGGGAGCAAGGUGGGGAGCAAGGUGGGGAGCAAGGUGGGGAGCAAGGUGGGGAGCAAGGUGGGGAGCAAGGUGGGGAGCAAGGUGGGGAGCAAGGUGGGGAGCAAGGUGGGGAGCAAGGUGGGGAGCAAGGUGGGGAGCAAGGUGGGGAGCAAGGUGGGGAGCAAGGUGGGGAGCAAGGUGGGGAGCAAGGUGGGGAGCAAGGUGGGGAGCAAGGUGGGGAGCAAGGUGGGGAGCAAGGUGGGGAGCAAGGUGGGGAGCAAGGUGGGGAGCAAGGUGGGGAGCAAGGUGGGGAGCAAGGUGGGGAGCAAGGUGGGGAGCAAGGUGGGGAGCAAGGUGGGGAGGUGGGGCAAGCAAGGUGGGGAGCAAGGUGGGGAGCAAGGUGGGGAGCAAGGUGGGGAGCAAGGUGGGGAGCAAGGUGGGGAGCAAGGUGGGGAGCAAGGUGGGGGAGCAAGGUGGGGAGCAAGGUGGGGAGCAAGGUGGGGAGCAAGGUGGGGAGCAAGGUGGGGAGCAAGGUGGGGAGCAAGGUGGGGAGCAAGGUGGGGAGCAAGGUGGGGAGCAAGGUGGGGAGCAAGGUGGGGAGCAAGGUGGGGAGCAAGGUGGGAGCAAGGUGGGGAGCAAGGUGGGAGCAAGGUGGGGAGCAAGGUGGGAGCAAGGUGGGGAGCAAGGUGGGGAGCAAGGUGGGGAGCAAGGUGGGGAGCAAGGUUGGGGAGCAAGGUGGGGAGCAAGGUGGGGAGCAAGGUGGGGAGCAAGGUGGGGAGCAAGGUGGGGAGCAAGGUGGGGAGCAAGGUGGGGAGCAAGGUGGGGAGCAAGGUGGGGAGCAAGGUGGGGAGCAAGGUGGGGAGCAAGGUGGGGAGCAAGGUGGGGAGCAACGGUGGGGAGCAAGGUGGGGAGCAAGGUGGGGAGCAAGGUGGGGAGCAAGGUGGGGAGCAAGGUGGGGAGCAAGGUGGGGAGCAAGGUGGGGAGCAAGGUGGGGAGCAAGGUGGGGAGCAAGGUGGGGAGCAAGGUGGGGAGCAAGGUGGGGAGCAAGGUGGGGAGCAAGGUGGGGAGCAAGGUGGGGAGCAAGGUGGGAGCAAGGUGGGGAGCAAGGUGGGGAGCAAGGUGGGGAGCAAGGUGGGGAGCAAGGUGUGGGAGCAAGGUGAGGUGAGCAGGUGGGAGCAAGGGGGGAGCAAGGUGGGGAGCAAGGUGGGGAGCAAGGUGGGGAGCAAGGUGGGGAGCAAGGUGGGGAGCAAGGUGGGGAGCAAGGUUGGGAGCAAGGUGGGGAGCAAGGUGGGGAGCAAGGUGGGGAGCAAGGUGGGGAGCAAGGUGGGGAGCAAGGUGGGGAGCACAUGUGGGGAGCAAGUGGGGAGCAAGGUGGGGAGCAAGGUGGGGAGCAAGGUGGCGGAGCAAGGUGGGGAGCAAGGUGGGAGCAAGGUGGGGAGCAAGGUGGGGAGCAAGGUUGCGGGAGCAAGGUGGGGAGCAAGGUGGGGAGCAAGGUGUGGGGAGCAAGGUGGGAGCAAGGUGUGGGGGGAGCACAGGUGCGGGAGCAAGGUGGGAGCAAGGUGGGGAGCAAGGUGGGGAGCAAGGUGGGGAGCAAGGUGGGGGAGCAAGUGGGGAGCAAGGUGGGGAGCAAGGUGGGGAGCAAGGUGGGGAGCAAGGUGGGGUAGCAAGGUGGGGAGCAAGGUGGGGAGCAAGGUGGGGAGCAAGGUGGGGAGCAAGGUGGGGAGGCAAGGUGGGGAGCAAGGUGGGGAGCAAGGUGGGGAGCAAGGUGGGGAGCAAGGUGGGGAGCAAGGUGGGGAGCAAGGUGGGGAGCAAGGUGGGGAGCAAGGUGGGGAGCCAAGGUGGGGAGCAAGGUGGGGAGCAAUGUGGGGAGCAAUGUGGGAGCAAGGUGGGGAGCAAGGUGGGGAGCAAGGUGGGGAGCAAGGUGGGGAGCAAGGUGGGGGAGCAGGUGGGGAGCAAGGUGGGGAGCAAGGUGGGGAGCAAGGUGGGGAGCAAGGUGGGGAGCAAGGUGGGGAGCAAGGUGGGGAGCAAGGUGGGGAGCAAGGUGGGGAGCAAGGUGGGGAGCAAGGUGGGGAGCAAGGUGGGGAGCAAGGUGGGGAGCAAGGUGGGGAGCAAGGUGGGGAGCAAGGUGGGGAGCAAGGUGGGGAGCAAGGUGGGGAGCAAGGUGGGGAGCAAGGUGGGGAGCAAGGUGGGAGCAAGGUGGGGAGCAAGGUGGAGCAGGUGGGAGCAAGGUGGGGAGCAAGGUGGGGAGCAAGGUGGGGAGCAAGGUGGGGAGCAAGGUGGGGAGCAAGGUGGGGAGCAAGGUGGGGAGCAAGGUGGGGAGCAAGGUGGGGAGCAAGGUGGGGAGCAAGGUGGGGAGCAAGGUGGGGAGCAAGGUGGGGAGCAAGGUGGGAGCAAGGUGGGGAGCAAGGUGGGGAGCAAGGUGGGGAGCAAGGUGGGGAGCAAGGUGGGGAGCAAGGUGGGGAGCAAGGUGGGGAGCAAGGUGGGGAGCAAGGUGGGGAGCAAGGUGGGGAGCAAGGUGGGGAGCAAGGUGGGGAGCAAGGUGGGGGCAAGGUGGGGAGCAAGGUGGGGAGCAAGGUGGGGAGCAAGGUGGGGAGCAAGGUGGGGAGCAAGGUGGGGAGCAAGGUGGGGAGCAAGGUGGGGAGCAAGGUGGGGAGCAAGGUGGGGAGCAAGGUGGGGAGCAAGGUGGGGAGCAAGGUGGGGAGCAAGGUGGGGAGCAAGGUGGGGAGCAAGGUGGGGAGCAAGGUGGGGAGCAAGGUGGGGAGCAAGGUGGGGAGCAAGGUGGGGAGCAAGGUGGGGAGCAAGGUGGGGAGCAAGGUGGGGAGCAAGGUGGGGAGCAAGGUGGGGAGCAAGGUGGGGAGCAAGGUGGGGAGCAAGGUGGGGAGCAAGGUGGGGAGCAAGGUGGGGAGCAAGGUGGGGAGCAAGGUGGGGAGCAAGGUGGGGAGCAAGGUGGGGAGCAAGGUGGGGAGCAAGGUGGGGAGCAAGGUGGGGAGCAAGGUGGGGAGCAAGGUGGGGAGCAAGGUGGGGAGCAAGGUGGGGAGCAAGGUGGGGAGCAAGGUGGGGAGCAAGGUGGGGAGCAAGGUGGGGAGCAAGGUGGGGAGCAAGGUGGGGAGCAAGGUGGGGAGCAAGGUGGGGAGCAAGGUGGGGAGCAAGGUGGGGAGCAAGGUGGGGAGCAAGGUGGGGAGCAAGGUGGGGACAUGGGCCCAUGCAGGGCAUCCCCGUAACUCUCCCCCUUCGUGCUAG